AUGGGAAGUUCUAGCGAGGCCAAGGGUAUAGAUUCAUCGGUUGGAGGGUUAGUUUGGGUCCGCCGCCGAAAUGGGUCGUGGUGGCCGGGCAAGAUUUUGGGCCUCGAUGAAUUGUCGGAGAGUUGUUUGGUUUCUCCGAGAUCCGGUACGCCGGUGAAACUUCUAGGUCGCGAAGACGCUAGCAUUGACUGGUACAAUCUUGAGAAAUCUAAGAGGGUGAAGGCAUUCCGAUGUGGAGAAUAUGACGAAUGUAUUGAGAAGGCAAAGGCUUCUGCAGCAAACUCUUGUAAAAAGGCCGUGAAAUAUGCCCGGAGGGAAGAUGCUAUUCUACAUGCUCUUGAGCUUGAGAGUGCCCUUUUAGGCAAGGAUCAGUUGGACUUUAGCUAUAGGACUCAGAAUAAUGUUUCAGAUGGCGACCAUGGCAUCUUAGCCAGUGAGUCUUCUCCUCUGUCUGAUUCUUGUGAAGAAGGGGAAGAAGAGGAAGAAGAAGAAAAAGAAGAGGAAGAGGAGGAAGAAGAAGAAGAAGAAGAAGAGGAAGUCGAAGAGGAAGAGGAAGAAGAAACCAUCAUGUCCGAUGAUGUGAGUAAUUCUGAACAUGCUUGUCCAAAAAAGAGUAAUUCUAUAGGUAACUGUCCAAAAAAGAGUAAUUCGGAGGAUACUUGUCCUAAAAAGAGUAAUUCUGAAGUGAGCUCUGAUUCAGCCCCUGAAAUCUCUCAUUCGGAUAUUCCUUCGGAAGAAACUAAUCAUGCCAGUUCCUCAAAGGUUCUGUCUGAACAUAGGAGGAGAACACCAAAUGAUUCAGAGGAUGAUGGAACCGAGGGUGUUAAGCGUAUGAGAGGACUUGAAGAUUUGGGUAUGGGUUCAUUGGCAAACGGGAAGUCCCAUGCUGGAGUGCAACUUGAAAAAGUUCAGCAAGAGGAUGCUUCCCAGUGUGAUGCAAAUACUGGGAACUGUGUAACUAAUGGAAAUGGAAAUCCUCCAAAGAUUAUUCAUAUGUAUUCAUCAUCCUUGAGAAGAAAGCGUUCACCAGUGGCAACUGUGCAGGAAUUUUUGAAAAGGAAAAAUCGCCGUCGGCCAUUGACGAAGGUCUUGGAGAGCACAGCAAUGGUAUCUGUACCAGUGUUUUGUGAUCAGCUUCCUAAUACAUGUAGUUCUAACCUAUGGGGAUCGUCUGAUGGUAAAAUCUCCGAAUUAGAUACAGAAUCGAAGAGAACUAAUUCUUUAGCAAUUAUCAAUAGUUCAGACGGCAAUGGCACUGCAGUUUCUUGUGAUAAUGAAGCCUUUUUAAGUGCAUCUGAAGUGUCUCGGAUUAACUCUAAGGCAAAGGAAAAUGAAGUCUCCAGUAUAUCUGAGAUCCCUGAGAAUAACACUUCGGACAAGCUAUUUGAUGUGACAUUGGCUAAAGAGGAGAAGCACCCUGCUGGCUUUUCUCCUACAAAUCCCUAUUCUUCAUCUGGUAGGUCUACAGUUGGUGCUUUAGGAAAGCAGUCCAGUCGAAGUACUCCAGCUGCAUCUUUGGAGAAUGAGGCAACAAAGGAACCUGGUUCUUCAACUUCAGCUGCCACUCGUAAUGAUAAUACUAAGCAAAAGAUUGAGAGAGGUACUUCAAGGUGGCAGUUAAAGGGAAAGAGGAAGUCGAGGCAUUUAAGUAACUACAGAAAACAAGAUUCAAAAAAUUCCUUGGAUGUGGAUGAUGCAUCUGAUGCAUGCUUGGCAGGUAAAGUAGACUACAACAACAUUGGUAGAUCCCCUUCUGCAAAUGAUUGUAAUCUACUAGCCAAGUCCAAAAAAUUUGCUGAAAGUCAGGUGGAUGGACUCUGCGAAUGGAGUAAACAAGUAUCUUAUAGGAAACCAAAUGCAAGUGACCUAAAAACUGAGAUGAAACAAUUGCUUGAUGACCCUCUAGUACCUCAAAAAUUGCUUCCUUAUCGCCAGUCUCGCUUUGCCGUUCAUAGAUAUCAGAUGUCAGAAUUUUAUGUUAGAAAUCAUGGAGCAAAUUCACUAUUAUAUGAUGUUGAGCUUGAGGUGAAAGCCAGCUAUAGGCCUCAGCAUGUUCCAUUGGUUUCUCUGAUGAGCAAAUUGAAUGGUAAAGCCAUAGUUGGUCAUCCUCUCACAGUUGAAAUUGUGGAAGAUGGGCACUGUGAUUCACUAUUGAGCAGAGCAGAUUCUGAACGGGAAGGCGAUGAACACUGUUAUGUGACAGGCAAGCACAGUGCAAAUGCAAGAACUCAAGCCAAACAGUCCAAACAGUCGCCAUCCCAACCUUGUUUCUCACCCUCCAAAUCGCCGAGAAUGAAGAAAUCUGGCCAUUUAUGUAAAAAGAUCCGCAAACUAUCAUCAUUGACCGGGAAUCGGCACCAAAAUCAGCCAAAACGAAUGGUACAGAAGUCUAGUGAUCAUGUCAUCACCUGCAUCCCCCUUAAAGUAGUGUUCAGUCGGAUAAACGAAGCAGUGAGCGGUCUAGCCAGACCUUCACACCAUGCCUUAACAUGAAUCAACCCAUGAAUUUGGUUUGUUCUUUGACAACUUGCUUGAAUUAUACAAUUUGCACAACCUAGUGUCUGUUGAAUUAGAAUUGUGGUAUCCAUACAGCAUCAUUCAACAUUAAGGUAGAUUGAUAGAAUCAACCGUACAAGUUCUUUGACAUUUUGAUAUUUGUAGAGAGGAAGUGGUAGGACAGGAGUAGGAAGCAUGGUUUCUGUUAGCUCUGUAUAUAUGUAAAAGUAGCAGCAGAGUUGUAAAGAUGGUGAUUGGAAUCAUCUGGUGUUUGGUACUAUUGUUGACCUCGUUUAGUUAGUUUUUUCUUGGUCCAAGAGUCAAAUAACUUCCAUUCCCAUUGUAAUGCAUGUAAACAAUAUUGUCACUAAUUAAUCCUCAGUAAACUUCUAAAUUUGUUCUUUAGCUUCCCAA